AUGGCUGUGGAUCUAGUUGGGUACUCCAAGAUGGAGGAUCAGAUGGCUAUGCAAGAAGCUGCAUCAGCUGGGCUAAAGAGCAUGGAGCACUUGAUCUUUGCACUUUCUAACCAACCCCAGCAAAGUCACCAACUUGACUGCAGAGAAAUCACUAACUUCACCGUCGCUAAGUUCAAGCAAGUCAUCUCCAUCUUGAACCGGACCGGUCAUGCCCGUUUUCGCCGCGGGCCCACUUCUUCUCCUUCUUUCAACCCGGUUCCCAUCCGGCCUGUCGUUCAAGAACCUCAACAGCUAAAUCUUGAUUUUGUUAAAAGUAAUAAUCUCACCAAAGCUGAGUCGAAAACCGAGUUGUCGUUGGGUAGUCAUUAUUCCAAGGAUUGCUUUAGCUCUGGUACUACUACGUCCUCCUUCUUGUCGUCUGUUACUGUUGAUGGGAGUGUAUCUAAUGGGAAUCAAGGUGGGUCUUCUUCUCUUUUCGGAACUCAAGCUCGAUCUACCGGAAAACCUCCUCUCUCAUCCACCCACCGCAAGAAAUGCCAUGAUCAUGCCCUCUCCGCCGGCAAAAUCUCCUCCUCUAGUGGCAGAUGCCAUUGCUCCAAAAGAAGGAAAUCAAGGUUGAAGAGGACAGUAAGAGUUCCGGCUAUAAGUUCCAAAAUUGCCGAUAUUCCACCAGAUGAGUACUCAUGGAGAAAAUAUGGUCAAAAGCCAAUCAAGGGCUCACCAUACCCGAGAGGGUACUACAAGUGUAGUAGUGUGAGAGGAUGUCCAGCAAGGAAGCACGUGGAGCGUGCCGUAGACGAUCCGGCCAUGCUGAUUGUUACUUACGAAGGGGAGCACCGCCACUCACAUACUCCGUUACCAGACACUGUCACAGCCAGUGCUGCAAUGCGACACGUGUUGAAAUUUGAGAUUGGAUUCUUAGAUGGGAAAUCUUGGCAAAUGAAGUCAAAAGAUGUGGGUGGGGUUAGAAUAAUUUGCAAGUGUCAUUUAGGGAGCAAAAGGUCAAAGGAAAUCACAGGCAUUGGGGCCAUUGGGGGCCAUGACAGCCAUGUGAAAUUGGUGCUUGUGCGUGUUGGACUGAUCACUUUAGAAAACCCCAAAAUUUGUAUCUCAAAUCAUGACGAAAAUGCAGAACUUUCAACAUCAGAAGUAGAACAUAGGAUUGAGGCUAUAUAUUUUACAAGUACGUACAGAUCUCUAGCUAUAUCCAAAAGCUUACACAAAACCGAGGCCAUUAUGCAUACGAAUGUUUCAUACAGGCCAGGAAGUGGGGAAGUAAUACCCAUUGAUGAUUGA